CCUUCGUCUCUCUCGACAAAACCCUAACUGCGUCACCCUCCUUUUCGGCCGAAACCCUAGUUCCGCCACAACAGCAGCGCCGCCCAUCUCCGGCAGCAACGCAGCUCCCGUCCCGCAGUCUCUCUCUCUGCAGACGCAGCCCCCUCUCUCUCUUUCAUCGGCAGCAGUUCCUUGAAGCAGUUCACUCUCCUCCGGCAACGCCAUGUCCGAGAAAACCCCCGUCACCGGCGCGGCAACCUCCUCCCCGACUCCCCACUUGGCUUUCACCGCUAUCUCCAACGUAAAGCUACACGUUCUGAUUCUUCUCAGCUUUUCCGCGCCAAACUACAAGAAGUGGAGCCGGCUUUUCCUCCUCCUCAUCCGCCGAUUCUCUUUGGGCGGGUUUCUCACCGGCAAAUCGUCACCGUCGAGUGAUGAUGAUGACGAAUGGUUCCAACUUGACGCCCUCAUUCAAGGAUGGAUCUUAUCUACAGUGAAUGAUGAGGUGUGUGAUCUUGUCCUUUCCACUACCAAAUCGGCCUCGGAAUUAUGGAAGUCCAUCUACAAUCUCUUUCACGACAAUAAAGCGGCCCGGGCAAUGCAGCUUGAACACCAAUUCCACACCACCACGAAGGGAUCUCUCUCUAUGGCCACCUAUUGCCAAACUCUUCGUAACCUAGCGGAUUGGUUGGAUGAUGUGGAUGCCACCGUGUCUGAACAGCAGCUCGUUCUCCAAGUUCUCCGUGGAUUACCGGAUGAUCUUCGUGGUCAAACGUCCUUCCUCCAAUAUCAAAUGCCGCCCCCAACUUUUCUCCAAACCCGGUCGGCCCUCCUCCUCCUUGAACAACAACGGGCAGACCUGGGGACUGGCGGGGCUGUGGGGGACAGUGGCACGGCUCUAUACGCCGGCAGUAGUGGCUCCGGCAGUGGCGACUCACGGCGGUCCGGCAGCAUUGGUGGAGGCCGGGCAGAUUCCAGCGGCAGGAGCAGUCCUGGACAGUCACAACACAACCGGCAACGCGGGGGACAGCAGAGGGGUCGUGGUCGCGGCCGAAGCUUCGGGUCAAAUGCACGGCACACCCACGAGCAGAUUACCGGACAGUUCACCAACCCAAACCCUAACCCGGGUCUCCUCGGCCCUCGCCCGAAUCCACACCCGUACCCACAGGCCUACUUCUCUACACCUUACCCGCACACCAGUGCACUCUACCCGUACCCCAGCCCCUACCCGACAGCCCCCCUCUACCCGCCAUCCUCACCCACAACCACCUCAGCUGGUGCCAACCCCAUCACACCCACCGCCCUCACCCAUAAUUUUGACACCUUGAGUCUCCGCGAUCCACAAUGGUACAUGGACACCGGCGCCACACAUCAUAUUGCCUCGGACCCAGGAUAUGCUGACGGGAACCGUGAUUCAUCGGUCCAAUAAUGCGGGUCCACUCUACCAAAUGAGCCUACCAGCCGCCACCCAUGCCCAAGCCCAAGCCCACGUUGCCAGUGAAAGUCCAGAGCUCUGGCAUCGUCGACUUGGUCACCCGAGUUUGGCCGUUCUCCGUGGAGUCCCUUGUCUUGCGUCUGCUAUUUCUUUUAAACAUUUACAAAAUUCAAUCUGUCAUGCUUGUCAGUUGGGAAAACAUGUUCGUCUCCCGUUUGAGUCAUCGAGUCGUAUUUCUACUUUUCCUUUUCAGCUUUUACAUACUGAUCUGUGGCAAUCGCCUGUUACUAGUGUUACUGGUU